CUAGUUUAACAUUUUGUACAAGUUGAGUGGGCUUAUUUGAUAUUACUUUUCCAUAUAAUAUCAGGUCAACUCCCCAAAUCCUAAACCAUUAUUGGAAGUUCAUUACCACUACUUUACUUUUAGCCUUUAUAAGUGCAAUUUCCACUCCCCCAAAUUGCUUAUUUACCAAACCCAUUUUACAAAAGUUAGGAAAUUAUACCCAAAAAAAAGUAUAUAAAUGGGACUAAUAGUUUAAGUGUACAUGUAUAUUUUCUUCUUCUAUCUCCAUAGCCAAUAUCAACAAUGGCCAAAAAUCCAUUAGUUUUCAUCUGUUUUUUUCUCCUUAGUCUUACCAGUACCAUAGUAGAGUCUAAGAGUACCUCAUCUAGCAGCUUUAUCAAAGCCUCAUGCAAAGUAACUCAAUAUCCCACCCUAUGCGAGCGCACCCUCUCUCCCUACACAGCCACAGUCAAACAAAAUCCCCGUGAAUUAGCCCAAACCGCCUUACGGGUGGGCCUUUCUCGGGCUCAAACAGCUAAACGAUUAGCAACAAAGCUAACCAAGUCAAAGGGAUUGAAGGGCAAUGAGUACAUUAAUAAUGUCCUUAAGGAUUGCUCAGGCCAGAUGAGCGACAGCAUGGACCGAAUCAAGCAAUCAAGACUUGAGCUCAAGCUGAUGGCUAGCAAGGUCUUGACCACUCAGGAGUAUUUGUGGAGCAUUAGUAAUGUGCAGACUUGGGUUAGCGCUGCUCUGACCGAUCAGACCAGUUGCUUGGAUGGGCUUUCAGAUUGGGUAGUACUGAACCGGGGGGCAGUACUCAAGGCUCAGAUUAUGAACCGGAUCGUGGAUGCGCAGCAAACGACUAGUAACGCUUUAGCCUUGAUUAAUCAACUAGCUGUUAAACCAUAGAUCGAUUUCUUCCAUUCCCAUUUACUAAUUAAUGGGUCUUAAUUAGUUUCCAAGUUGACAGCUUAGUGGCCUCUAUAAUAAUAAGUGUUUUAUUCACAUACAAAACAAAAACUUGGUUU